AUGGACGAUGCGGAGCUAUCUCGGAAGGUUGCUGGUAUGGCUUUGCAGACCCUCGUCCUGGAGGUGGAGAGAGGCCGUCGUGAGCGGAAGAGAGCGGACCUCUACAAGAAGUUGUUGAGAAAGUACCGAAAGUGCCGUGCUAAGCACCAGUCGGUGGCCGACCUCUACCGACAGGACCCCGAGUUUCAAGUAUUCCGCGAGGGGCUUAAGGAGAGGGAGGCCCAGUUGGAACGUAGGGGGGCGGAGCUGGAGGUGGCGGAUGGGGAGCUGGUGAGGGCCGUUGCCCGUAACAGCAAGCUGGAGGCUCUCCUCAGGGCGAAGGAUGACGAACUCGAGCUGAAUCGAGGGGUGGCUGCGGAAAAUGCCGAUUUGCAGCAGAGGGUAGCGGGCCUGACCGCCGAUCUUGAUGUUAGGAAGGCGGAGAUCGAUAGGCUUAAGGGCGAGCUUGGUGCUAAUGCCGACAAAUUGGCCGCGUUACAGAGGCAAGUCGCCCUACCGAGGUCUGAGGAAGCGGGAUGCCAUUCUCGGCCCUCCUCGUCCCGUCCCCAAUCUGGUCGGGGCCCUCAUCGUAGUACCCAUGAAAUAUGGGUCUAUGCGGAGGCUCGGCUUAAUAUAUAUAGAGCUUUGCAUGCAGAGGGUCGGGCGACGGAGACGGAGGUUCAGGCGGUGCGAAAAGAAGCGCACACAGCUCGUGAAUCGUGUGGGUACUACCCCGACUCUCCCGAUGGGGAGGAUGCUGCUUCCGAGGAUGUCGAUCGCCUUGACUCGGACGCCUGGUAUGAGGAAGCUUAUCCCACAGGGGGUGGUAGUUAG